UGCUCACCGGAUCCCUGUCAAAACAACGGAACCUGUACAGACCUGGUCAACGACUACCAAUGUGUUUGUAUUGCAGGAUUCAAUGGAACAAAUUGUGAAAACAAUAUUGACGAGUGUUCCCAAGGUCCCUGUCAAAACAACGGAUCUUGUACAGACCUGGUCAACGACUACUAUUGCGAUUGUGUUCCUGGAUUCAACGGAACAAAUUGUGAAAACAUGAUCAAUGAGUGCUUGCCAGGUAUUUGUCUAAACAACGGGACUUGUACAGACCUUGUGAAUGACUACCAGUGCGACUGCGUUUCUGGAUUUAAUGGAACAAAAUGUGAAAAUAAUAUCGUCGAGUGUAAAACACAGUCAUGUCAAAACAGAGGACCUUGUAAAGAUCUGAUUAAUGAUUAUGAAUGUAAUUGCAUAAACGGGUUUGAUGGAACAAAUUGCUCAAAUUAUAUUGAUGACUGCUCACCGGAUCCCUGUCAAAACAACGGAACCUGUACAGACCUGGUCAACGACUACCACUGCGAUUGUGUUCCUGGAUUUAAUGGGACAAACUGUGAAAACGAUAUCGAUGACUGCCAAGCAGAACCUUGUCAAAACAAUGGAACCUGUACAGACCUGGUCAACGACUACCAAUGUGUUUGUAUUGCAGGAUUCAAUGGAACAAAUUGUGAAAACAUGAUCAAUGAGUGCUUGCCAGGUAUUUGUCUAAACAACGGGACUUGUACAGACCUUGUGAAUGACUACCAGUGCGACUGCGUUUCUGGAUUUAAUGGAACAAAUUGUGAAAAUAAUAUCGUCGAGUGUAAAACACAGUCAUGUCAAAACAGAGGACCUUGUAAAGAUCUGAUUAAUGAUUAUGAAUGUAAUUGCAUAAACGGGUUUGAUGGAACAAAUUGCUCAAAUUAUAUUGAUGACUGCUCACCGGAUCCCUGUCAAAACAACGGAACCUGUACAGACCUGGUCAACGACUACCACUGCGAUUGUGUUCCUGGAUUUAAUGGGACUAACUGUGAAAACGAUAUCGAUGACUGCCAAGCAGAACCUUGUCAAAACAAUGGAACCUGUACAGACCUGGUCAACGACUACCAAUGUGUUUGUAUUGCAGGAUUCAAUGGAACAAAUUGUGAAACUUGA